GGCUCGAUGUGCGCACAGGCGGACGGAGGCAGGCAGAGCAGCUAGAGAAAGGACGACAGCACACUCUGAGUAUCACAGAGACAUUAUUUAAGGUUUUCAAAUGUCUCUCUAGCGCAGGUAGAGACAAGCGAGAAGCGGGAGUUUAUGGGUCGGCACUUUUCUUUAGGUCACUUAGGAUUUGAAGCCUAGUUCACACAUAAGCGCGUGCAGGACAUCGUUUCGUGGAGUCUGCAGAAGUGCAUGUUUGCUACUUUAGUGAAUAGGAUGCGCGUCUUGUCCAGCCGUCCCGCCGCUGUGUGACACUUUGCGAUCCCCCCUCGGGCUGGAUCCACAAACCGGUCUGUUUUCUCACCGGGGGAAGUUGGGCUCAUUUGAACUUUUCUGGCCGUACUUUUCAUGCCACGGAAAUGGGACCGCGCCAACGGGAGAGCGUGUCCGCGCUUUGCAGAAAAAGUUUGCUUUGGACCGUGCUGAUCCUCUGGCUGACCACGUUUGUUGACGGGACCUGGAAGACGGGACUUUACAAAACCUACUCAGCCGGGACGCAGCUGACCAGAGACCAGGCAGCAGCCUCUCACACUUCAGUCUACCAGAAAAGGAACUGGUGUCCUCACACGGUCACUAAGACAGUGACCUGCCAGGUGCAGAAUGGGACCACCCUCCAGCGGGUCUACCAGACAUGCCGCUGGCCGCAGGGAUGUACAGGAGGCAGCUACAGGACCGUGGUCAGACCUUCCUACAAAGUGGUGUACCGCACUGUGACCUCUCUGGAGUGGAAGUGCUGUCCAGGAUUCAGCGGCGCCGCCUGUGAAGAAGAUGCAGGGAACCAGCUUGUAGCUCAGGAGGCAGUAAGGAAACCAUCCACGCUACGGCACCCACCCGCACGCACAGGAGAGCCAAUCUCUAAUUGUCUCAACUGCAGUCGAAUCGCAGCUUUGGGCGACAGACUGAGUUCACUGGAGACAAAGGUCCAAUUACUGACUGCCCCAGCCUCCGUAUCACAUCGCCACCUUCAGGGUAAAGGGGGAACUGUACCAGAGGCCUCAUUACUGAUGGGGGCUGUGCCCGCUCAGGGAGCUCCUGGUGAGCAGGGACCUGCAGGUCCGCAGGGUGAAAAGGGGAGAGAUGGGCUUCCUGGCAGAGACGGGAAGGCGGGGUCUCGAGGGCUGCCCGGUCCCACUGGGCCUCGGGGGGAUACCAGGACAAGGGGGCCAUCUGGAACCCCUGGAUUGAAGGGGUCCCCAGGACCUGCAGGCCCUCGUGGUCCACCAGGACUCCCAGGAGAGAGGGGUCUACCAGGCCCGCCCGGUCCUCCAGGGCCCCCAGCGCCAGCCAGUGCCCACAUCCCAGAGCCAGACCACAAUCGUGGAAAAGAUCCCUUCUUCACCAACACUUUCCAUGACUCACGAGGGUUGCCUGUUCCAGGACCCGAGGGUCCCCCCGGGCCUGUCGGUCCUCCGGGUCCCAAAGGCCCAGUAGGACCUCCUGGCCCACCAGGACAGAAUGGUAAAUCUGGAGCCCCCGGAGCGCAGGGCCCUGUGGGACCAAAGGGAGAGCGCGGGGAGAGAGGUCCUUUAGGUUACCCAGGAGAGAGGGGCUUCAGAGGCGAGCCGGGAGCACCGGGUCCCAAGGGAGAGCCGGGAGAGAAGGGCUUGCCGGACAUUAGCUUGCAGAUGUUCCACGACUUGCAGGCAGACCUUGAGCUUCUGGCUCGCAGGGUGACGCUGCUGGAGGCUAUCAUCUGGCCAGAGCCUGAUCUAGGGUCUGGGGAUGGACCGUUUGGCACAGCCUCCCCUAGUUUCUACAGAGAUAAGCGAGCAGGUGCGCUUCCACAUCGACUUGCUUCUCCUCUGUCCUCCAACACCAAGGUUCGAGGGAAGUAGCCCCCCUCCCCCUGCUCACCCUGAGGAUCACAGGCUGGGUUGACUCCCCCUCCCAUAGUUCUCAUCGGCACUCGACAGAUUUAGACCUUAUCUGAUACCCUCUCUGGGCUUUACUGUCAGAUUUAGGAUGGGGGACACCUCAGGGAAACUCCACUGAUACUCCACUAUGCCCUCCUCCAUCGGGAACCUGAGAACUAGUUUGACCCCCCCACCCAUCUCCACCUCCAAACACUUACCUUUCCAUAACACAUCCAGCAGCUCCUUCUGUGUCUCAUUUCUUUGGCUACAGAACUAAAGCCUCAGAGUAAAGAUGUUUGAAAAAAGGAAAAUCUGAAUCUUCUUUGGUGCUCCUCGAGCUGCGAACAGUUCUGGACAAUAAGGGUCAUUUAGAGUAAUCAAUUAAAGGACGGAUCAGAUGUGAGGAAAUAGACUGGAUUUGAGUUGUUAUUGCUUUCACAAUGUAACUGCAAUCUGAAGAGAUCCCACUAUUUAAGUAUAUUGCGCAUGUACAGUUUGCAGGACACAAGUACACAAACAAACCUCCUUUCCUAGUAUUAAUUUUGUUAUUCUUCUAUCAUAUUGUUUAACUCAGUGUUAUGUAGUGCACUAAAAAGAUGAAGUCAUCUCUACUCUUACUGAGAUAUGUGUUGCUAACAGUGAUUUGUAGUUUUCUGGUGUGAGUGUUUUCCCCCCUUGAAGUACAAGCUGAUAAAGUGAUUUAAUAUACAACAGUAUAUUUACAACAUUUGCAUUUGGGUUUGGCUGCAUAUCAACAAAAACUGUCAGAAAUUACACAAAACAUGUAUAUGAAAGGAAACAUGUUGAAUUAAAGUCUCCCUGUGAACUGGAUGUCCAUUUCAAGAUCUUUAAAAACCACACACACACUCACAGAGGAAAUAGCAAACCUGUCAAUGGAACUUGAACAUAUUUUUACCACUGUCGUGUUGGUAAACUGCUAAACUGUCCUGAUGAAAAGACUUGAUAAUUGUUUUUUCAUCUUAUAUCAAACUUAUUGUGAAACUAUUUAAAAUGAUCAAUUGUAGUUUAUUUUGUAUGCUGUUGUGUAACCAUUUCAUAUUUCAAACUUUUUUUUUUCUUGCAAAUGUGUUAUUGUGUUAAGAUAAUCCUGUCUAGAUGAUUGGUGUAAUAAAAUGAUGUUCACUGUU